UCAGUGUGCUUUCCUGUUUUCUUUUUGUAAGUUUUUUUUUCUAUAUCCAUCUAUCUUCUUUGACUUAUUUUUCUUUCUUUUAGUUUGAGGCUCUGUGGUAAUGAAUCCAAUUUUUAUAGUCUACGUGCAUCUAGUAAUAUUUUUCUCUGAUUUACAAAAAUCAACCCUUACAUUUCUGAUGCGUUGUGUUGAUUUUUUUUUAAUGCUUUAUUUUUUCAGGACUGGUGACUGAGCCCAGUGUCCUGUGUAAGAUAGUCACCUACUAUGUCACUGAGCCACAUCCACAGAACAUAGAUGACUGUGUUGUCCUGCGAGAGGGACUUGAUGAACUUCUAGGCUAUCCCCCCAAGUCCCAGUCCUUCUGAAUCCAUUUCUGGAAAGCUGGGAUCUCAAGUAUGUAUGACCCCUGGGUCAGACUAAAUUUUAUUUCCAAACGUUUCUCCAUUAUAAGAAUACUUGCCAGUGCUCUCUUCAAUACCUACAGAAACCCAUAGCAGUCUGACGGCCAAAAAUUCAUGAUGCCUAUUUGCAAUAUCCACUCCAGAGAGAUAAUUGACUCUUGUGGAAUCCCAUAGUUGAGGUUGAUCUCUACAGCUAAAAGAUCUGUUCUGAGCACUGGUAUCUACAAGACCUUAGAACUCCAUGUCAAGAUGUGCUCCACAGGGAAGGAUGUUUCAGGGGCUGUUGAACACAUCAAUAAAACGAUUGUACCCACUCUGGUUAGCAAGGAACUGAAUGCUGUGGAACAAGAAAAGACAGACAAAUUGAUGACUAACAUGGAUGGCCCUGAAUCUAAAUGUGAUGCUAAUGCCAUCCUGGAGGUGUCUCUGGGUGUUUGCAAAGCUGGCGCUGUGAAGAAGGGGCUACCCUUUUGCCGUCACAUCGAUGACUUGGCUGGCAACCCUGAAGCCAUCCUGCCGAUCCCAGCUUUCAACAUGAUCAACGGUGGUUCUCAUACUGGCAACAAGCCGGUAAGAGUUUCUGCUCCUUCCUGUGCAGGCAUCCUGUUUCCGGGAAGCUAUGUAUGUUAGAGCAGUGGCUUACCACAACCUGAAGGAUCACCAAGGAGAAGUACAGGAAGUUUGUGGGCAGGUCCUUCAGGAACUCCCUGGCCAACCAAGUGAAGUGU